AUGGGUGAAGCAGUUGAGGAGUGUAGAUAUUGGACUGCAAGACGUGAAUUAGAGAAGGUGAGUCCAGAAGCUCUGAGGUACCUCGAAACCACCAUAGAUAGAUCGCAGUGGACUAUGGCACACGACGGAUUUCGUCGAUGGGGUGAGACGUCUACUAACAUGGCUGAGUGUUAUAACAAUGUGUUGUUAGCUACGAGGGAACUGCCAAUUAGAGCUAUCAUUGAUAUUACAUUUUGGAGGACCAUCAAUUGGUUUGUUAACCGAACGACUCUAGCCAAACAAUGUCAGACGACUUUGACACCGUGGGCUUGGGAGUUGUUUCAGAAGAAUGACCGUCGAGGGAGACGUCAUCAUGUUAGGCCUACAAGCAUAGCUCGUGGCACUUAUGAGGUGCUAACAUAUCACAGAGGUCCGGGUAGAGGCCAUAAUAUACAUGUUGUUGAGUACCGUGAAAAGAUUUGCUCAUGUGGAAAGUGGCAGACCUGGAGAAUGCCUUGCUCUCACAUUGUUGCGGUGAUGAGAGAACGCAGUGAUGACAUCUUCAGUCAGGUUGAUACCCGAUACCAUACAGAUGUUUGGAUUCACCAGUACGCAGUUGCUUGUCCAGAUGAUGUUGCAGGAGAAGUUUUAGUCCUGAUGACGUGGCAGGAGGAGUUUGUGGCUGAGCUAUGGCUGACCUAUUCUGAUUGUGGAUGCUCUUAG